CAUGUUGGCUAUCAUGUCGGUGCGGAUUUCCUGCGUAUCUGUCCUUCUGCCACUGGUGGCAGUUAUAUCAGGUUCGCAAAUUAAGAUCAUAAACGGCGAGGACGCUGCUCCCAUGAGCCACCCGCACCAGGUAUCGCUCCAGUGGAACAUUCUUGCCGCCAUCGGGUUUCCAGGAGAGCGGUGGUUUCAUAUAUGUGGCGGCUCCGUCAUCAGAAAGAACGUUGUUCUCACAGCCGCGCACUGCGCGGAGAUCGCCAGCAAGCCAGCCGAGCUCAAGGUAGUGGUGAAUGACCAUCGCCUCUUCGAUGUGGACGACACCGAGCAGUCAAUUCUGGUUAAAGAGAUCAUAUUGCACGAGGAUUAUAUUCCUGGACAGGACUACGACAAUAGCGUGUAUCCAAACGAUAUCGCGCUGCUGCGGCUCGUUGGCGAGGUCGCCGACAGCUCCUCCAUCAUCCAAAUCGACACGGAGGAAGAUCGCAACCGCACGGGGCAAACGUGCAUCAUCACCGGAUGGGGGCUUAAUGACACAAACUCUGCCACCCCGAACAUCUUGCAGCAGCGAGAAAUGAAGGUGAUCAGCGAGAAGGAGUGCGAGGAACUGUGGGACGUUGAGGACUCCUUCAUCUUCAAGGGACACGUGUGUGUGUUUGACGGCCCUAACAACACCACCGGCGGUGCCGCCUGCAGCGGUGACAGUGGUGGUCCGCUGGUGUGUGACGGGGUGCUGGUAGGUGUGACGUCAUGGGGCCGCACGGGCUGUCGGGUACCGGAAACGGGCGAGUUUCUGCCUUCAGUGUACGCGCGUGUCUCCUACUACUACGGCUGGAUACAAACAACUCUCCAGCGAUGGUCCAUUGGUCGCGGGUAG